GAGUGUCCAGCAGAGGUCAGCCAUGCCCCACAUCAACAGUACCAAGCUGCAGUCUCUCCUGCUCUCCGUCCUGCAGCACUGCCUCAACAGCACGAGCUUUCCGUCUCCUGCAGGGCCUGCUGAGAACUUCACUACCCAGCAGGCUGUGCAGCAUGUGACCGCAGGCAGGGCCCACACUGAGUCUCAGGGAAUCAUGUACAUCCUGCUGGUGGUGGGCAUGUUCAGCUUCUUCACGUUCGGUAUCAUGCUCAGCUACAUCCGCUCCAAGAAGCUGGAGAGCUCUCACGACCCGUACCAUCAGUACAUCGCCAACGACUGGAGCGCGGCGACGACACCAUCCAGGGCCGUCGCUCAGGCUCUGCGCAGGGUGGCCACGGGUGAUGGAGCGGGCAGCAAGGAACCUGUCGUCAUCUGCAAUCCUGCGAUGCAGGAGCAGCCGACGGACUAAAUGAAGACAUUCAAUGAUUCAAAUAAUUCAAAUUGCAACACUCUCCACAUUUAAUUAGAUUACAUUAAGUUUUUAUGUUACAUAGCAACCAAAAGUUACAGUGUCAGGUUUGCAUUUCAGUGAUUUCACAGAAAUAACCUCCAACAGUUCCUCACACUUUACAGUCUGAUUCUGAUUUCUCUUAAACUUUUAUCUGACAGGAAAAACCUGCAGCUGUGAGCUGGACUCUGAUUGGCUGAAAAAUAAACAAACAAAUGAAAGUCUGGAUCAAUCUAUCAGGUCUGUAGCUGAAUGCAACACAAAAGGACUUGGUGUGGUACACGAUCCAACCGCUUCCACUUUGGUACUGAUACCCUGACUUCUGGAUAUCUACAGAAU